AUGACCCCAAAUGCCCUUUUCGCCCACAAGGGAGAGAAAGAAAAUCAAAAUCAGAACGCCAGACAAUCCGGAAGAUAUACCUCGAAAACGGAAACUCUCAAAAAAGGGAUCUCACACGAUCUCUUCCUUAACCUAGCAAACUCGGAUCAGAUUGAUAUCAUCAUGAUCCAGAAACCAUAUAUCUACAAAGAUAUUGUUGACCUGAAGAAUGAUUAUAUGAACCCAAUUAACCACUCCUCAAGGGUGGCGUCACUUUUGGGCAACAGAUAUAAUAAGGAAAAUCACCAAAACACACCUCUCCUACAAAAUCUUCACUUCAAUAGAUGA